AUGGACAAGCAAGAAGAGUUUCAAGACGAGCUUGCCUCACUCAAUUUCAACGGUGAACGAGAAACGAAGCCUCUUCAUCGCAAACCGAAGUUUUGGAUUCCGGUUGGAAUCAUAAUUAUUGCAAUCAUAGUUACCAUCGCUGUAACAGCCUCUGGUAGCUCUAGUAGCGUCGAAUCGUCACCAGAGAUUCUGCCUGGUUUGAGUGAUGGGAGUAAGGAUGGAAACUUCAAUUCUGUUCCAGCCCAACCCACAUCAUCCUCCCAAAAGACGAACCCUCCUACGAUGCCUCCAACCACCAGUCCUCCUACAGAGGCUCCUCCUGCAGCUGUUGCCUACGAUCCCCCUUCAGCAGCAGAAUGCCAAGCGAUUGCCCAAGGUGAAAGUGUAGCUGGACAAUCUGGUAUGAUUCAACACAGCUUUCAGGUUCCAAUGGAUGUUGUCUUGGCUGAUUCAAGCAAUAUCAUUGAUGAGUCGGCAAUUGUCCAACAGCUACAAGACAAGGUCCAAACGAGGCUUAUGCCGGAUAUGGCCGGGUGUAACACCCGACGAAAGCUCCGAAGUGGAUUGUCUACGAUGGAACAGCACCAUCCACAUCGCCAACUGGAUGAUAAUGCCUAUGUUAUUGCGAAUGCAAAGUCACAAGUCGCGGCACAACUGAUCGGUUGUCAAAUGAGCAGUAGCUUGAACUGCAUCCAUGUUGUUGUGAGUUUGAAUCUCCAUUUGAAAGGAAUUGAAACUACAGAUGCUUUGAUGAGAUUGAUCUCGGACACCUUUGCACCGCCGGAAGGAAUGGUGAACAAGUUGGAGCUGAAUGAACCCAUUGUGGGGCUAUGGAUCAGCUCGGUGGCAACUUCGGCGCCAGUUGCUGCUCCGCCAACUCCACCAGCUCCAACGCCAUUUCCUCCUGGACAAACGGCGCCUGGUGAUGGGUUCACACCAAUUCGAUAUGAUCAAGAUGAUGAUUUGUAUGACGAUUUGUAUUAUGAUGAUUUGUAUGAUGAUGACGCUGAUGAUGACGCUGAUGAUGAUUUGUAUGAUGACGACGCUGAUGAUGAUGAUGAUGUGUAUGAUGAUGACGCUGAUGAUGAUGAUACCCUUUAA